GGAGAAUACCAUGCUGGAACGUACAGGAUAGCUGUUCAGGUGCGGCAGACAUGAAUACAGCUAGCCGAGGUCGUGCGGGCCUGCUCCGAUUACAUGGUGAAGAAUCUCGACUCAUCCAACUGCAUAGGCGUGUAUCUAUUUGCCGAUGCUCACUACUGUAACAGCUUGAAGAGAGAUGCUGAGGCAUUCAUCUUCAGCCAUUUCCUCGACGUUCUGGGUGAAGAAGAGUUCUUCAGUCUGUCCCACGAAGAUCUAGGAGAACUCCUGCUAAGCGAAAAACUACGGAUCGAUAAUGAAUUCCAGGUUCUGAAAGCAGCCAUUGAUUGGAUAUCGCACGAUCUGCAGACCAGGCGGCGUCACAUAUUCAGUCUGGUGAAGUGCAUUCGCUUGCCAAUAAUAUCACAGCAGCAGCUGGAAAGAUACGUUGAAGGAUUGAAAGAUCUCGGGCUAAAGAUAGGGCUGAGAAAAAUUCUACAGGAUUACAAGUCCGACUUCUCUUUGGCUCGAGAUGCAAGGAUGGGAAAGAUCAAUGUGAUAAACUGGCAGCCGAGACAGUGCGCCAAGAAAAACAUUUAUGUGAUCGGUGGUUACUCCCGUCUGCAGGAUGCCAAGUGGAGUGACAACAUCACUCUCGGCAACAUGGAGAUGUUCGACUCGUUCAAGCAGACGUGGACUCUGCUGCCGCCGCUCAGGUACGCCCGUAGCGGUAUUGGUGUCGCCGCCCUGGCGGGAAGGAUCUACGCCGUCGGCGGGGAGAGCAACUCUCUCAUUCAUGACAGCGCGGAGGUGUACGAUCCGGACGAGAGGUGCUGGAAGCCCAUACCGAGCCUAACAAGUCCCAGAUAUCCGUACUAA